CUCAAGGUGCGUGUAUGGAAAACAGGUUUGGGCCAAGAUUUGAAUGUCGCAUAUACCAAAAUGAACGAUUUUUUUUAUAUAAAAACCAGAGGAUUUGCCGUAAAAUGCAUCAGUUGUUAACAGACUUAGCAGCAGUAACACCCCAAUCAUCAAAAAUGGCAUUCAGAUUCUUCGUACUUUGCGCCACCCUCGCCCUCGCCAGAGCCGGCAACCUCUUGGCCCCAGCAGCCCCUGCCUUGGCCUACGGCGCCCCAGCCCUCGCAGCCGCCCCUCUGGCUUACGCCGCCCCCACCGCCUACUCCAGCUCCUCCAUCUACGCCGCUAAGUCUGCUUACUCUGCCCCUAUCGCAUACUCCGCCCCAGCUUACGCUGCUGCACCUGUAGCCUUGGCUGCCCGUGCCACUUACGCUGCCCCAGCUUUUGCUGCCCGUGCCACUUAUGCCGCUCCAGCUAUCGCUGCUGCCCCAGUAGCUGUCGCUGCUCGUGCCACCUAUGCCGCCCCAGUAGCUGUCGCUGCUCGUGCCACCUAUGCUGCCCCAGCUAUUGCUGCUGCUCCAGUAGCUUAUGCCGGUGCCUCUUAUGCGGCCCCAGCUAUUGCUGCCGCCCCAGUAGCCUACGGCUCCUCGAUCUACGCCGCUAGGUCUGCCCCCCUUUUGGGAGCUGCCACCUACGCUGCCGCCCCAGCUUGGUAAACAGUUAAAAAUGUAAAUUUCUUUUGUAAAUAUUUUUAUUUUAUUUGAAAUAAAAAGGUUUUAAUUAA